AGGAUGGCAAUGCACACAGGGAGGGCUGGGGGGCACAGCAGGGGCAGCCCCCGCGGUGGCAGUGCCAGCCCCCAGCUCCAGUGUCCCCCGGUUCCAGGGGGUCCCUCCAGCACCUCCUGACUCCAGUGGGUCCCCGGAAUCCCCCAAUUCCUCUGGCCCUGACGGGCAUCCCGGUGUGCCAUGGGCACCCUCCGGCAUCCUAGUGUGCCUUGGGCAUCCUCUGGCAUCCCAGUGUGCCUUGGGCAUCCUCUGGCAUCCCAGUGUGCCCUGGGCAUCCUCCAGUAUCCCGAUGUGCCUUGGGCACCCUCCGGUAUCCCAAUGUUCCUUGGGCACCCUCCAGCAUCCCGGUAUUCCUUGGGCAUCCUCUGGUAUCCCGGUGUGCCUUGGGCAUCCUCUGGCAUCCCAGUAUUCCUUGGGCACCCUCUGGUAUCCCGGUAUUCCUUGGGCAUCCUCUGGCAUCCCGGUAUUCCUUGGGCACCCUCUGGUAUCCUGGAUCUGCUGUGCCCUGGGCAUCCCCUGGUAUCCCAAAUCCUUCACAUCUUGGGCAUCCUGUGACCUCCCGGUGUGUUCGGAGCAUCCUUUGGCAUCCUGGAUCCAUCCUGACUCUGGAAUCCUUUGGCAUCCUGGAUCCAUCGUGUCCCCGGAAUCCUUUGGCAUCCUGGAUCCAUCGUGUCCCCGGAAUCCUUUGGCAUCCUGGAUCCAUCAUGUCCCUGGAAUCCUUUGGCAUCCUGGAUCCAUCGUGUCCCUGGAAUCCUUUGGCACCCCGGAUCCAUCAUGUCCCUGGAAUCCUUUGGCAUCCUGGAUCCCUCACACCUUGGGAAUCCUUUGGCAUCCUGGGGCAUCCUGGAUCCCUCACACCUUGGGAAUCCUUUGGCAUCCUGGGGCAUCCCGGAUCUGUCACACCUUGGGAAUCCUUUGGCAUCCUGGAUCCAUCACACCUUGGGAAUCCUUUGGCAUCCUGGAUCCCUCACACCUUGGGAAUCCUUUGGCAUCCUGGGGCAUCCCGGAUCCAUCACACCUCGGGAUCCUUUGGCAUCCUGGAUCCCUCACACCUCGGGAAUCCUUUGGCAUCCUGGGGCAUCUUGGAUCCCUCACACCUCGGGAACCCUUUGGCAUCCUGGGGCAUCCUGGAUCCCUCACACCUCGGGAAUCCUUUGGCAUCCUGGGGCAUCUUGGAUCCCUCACACCUCGGGAACCCUUUGGCAUCCUGGGGCAUCCCGGUGUGUUCAGGGCACCCUUUGGAUCCAUCGUGUCUCCGGAAUCCGUUGGCAUCCCGGAUCUGCUGUGCCUCGGGCACCCUCUGGCAUCCCGGAUGGAUCCACCACACCUCGGGAAUCCUGCGGCAUCCUCCUGGAAUUCCCGGAGCCUCCUCCCGCUCCGGCCCCUCCGGCUCCAGCCCCGACCCCCCCCCCGUGUUUGUACUUCCCCCCCCCCCGUGUUCCCCCUCCUCGUGUCCCCCCUGUGUCCCCCCCGUGUCCCCCCCCCGUCACCGCUGGCACCUCGCCCCUCCCCCCCCGCAUGUGUCCCCCCCGCGCCGUCGCCGCCGCUAACGAGCAAUUAAUUAAUGAAUUAAUUCAUUAAUAAACCGCCGCCGCCACCACG